AUGCCCGAAGCAAAUGUUCUCGUGAUAGGAAGUGGAGGACGAGAGCAUGCUUUAUGUUGGAAAUUAGCAGACUCUCCCUUCGUAAAAAAAAUUUACUGUGCCCCAGGCAGCGUCGGCAUUUCUUCAGUGGAUAAAGUUGAAAGUGUUGAUAUUGACAUAAAAAACUUUCCGGCCUUAGGAAAAUGGUGCACGGACAACUCCAUUGAUCUGGUGGUCAUCGGCCCCGAGGAUCCCCUGGCGAACGGGAUCGUGGACGCGCUCCAAGAGAUGGGCGUCCGCUGCUUCGGCCCCACCAAGGCCGGCGCGGAGAUAGAGGCCAACAAGAGCUGGUCAAAGAAGUUCAUGGUCAAGUAUCAGAUACCCACCGCCAGGUUCCAGUCUUUCACCGACGCCGCCGCCGCCAAGGAGUAUAUAAAUAGCGCCCCGUUCCCCGCCCUGGUGGUGAAGGCGUCGGGGCUGGCGGCGGGCAAGGGCGUGGUGGUGGCCGCCACCGGCGAGGAGGCCUGUCGCGCCGUCGACGAGAUCCUGACCGACGCCAAGUACGGCGCGGCCGGCAGGACGGUCGUGGUCGAGGAGCUUCUGGAGGGGGAGGAGGUUUCGGUCCUCGCGUUCACCGACGGCGAGACGGUGUCCGUGAUGCCGCCGGCGCAGGACCACAAGCGCGUGGGCGACGGCGACACGGGCCCCAACACCGGCGGGAUGGGCGCCUACUGCCCGUGCCCCCUCAUCACGCGCGACCAGCUCGCCGACGUGAAGGACCAGGUGCUGCAGAGGGCGGUGGACGCGCUCAAGGCGGAGGGCAUCAAGUACGUCGGAGUGCUCUACGCGGGCCUGAUGAUCACAAAAUCUGGCCCAAUGACCCUGGAGUUCAACUGCAGAUUCGGUGACCCUGAGACCCAAGUGCUUAUGAUGUUGCUCGAGACAGAUCUGUACAAAAUCAUGGAUGCGUGCGUCAACGGCACACUGAAGCAGGUGCAGGUGACGUGGAACACGAAGAUGGCGGCGGUCGGCGUGGUGAUCGCCUCCAAGGGCUACCCGGAGACGUCCACCAAGGGGUGCGUCAUCAGCGGGCUGUCGCAGCUGGCGUCGCAGCCGGGGCUGAUGGUGUUCCACAGCGGCGUGGCGCGCGGCGCGAACGGCUCGCUGGUGACGUGGGGCGGGCGCGUGGUGCUGGUGGCGGCGCGGGCCGGCGCGCUGCGGGCCGCCGCCGCGGCAGCCACGGCCGCCGCCGCCGCCAUCGACUUCCCCGGCGCCCACCACCGCAAGGACAUCGCGCACCGCGCCUUCUCCAAGGUCAACGGCCUCUCGUACCUGGAGAGCGGCGUGGACAUGGAGGCGGCCGCGACCCUCGUGCGCCAGAUCGAGCCGCUGGCGACGGGCACGCACCGGCGCGGCGUGCUGGGCCGGCUCGGCUGCUACAGCGGCCUCUUCCAGCUCUCCGCCAUGGACGCCCGGCUGCAGGACCCCGUGCUGGUGCAGGGCACCGACGGGGUCGGCACCAAGCUCAAGAUAGCCGAGUCGAUGCAGAAGUUCGACACGCUCGGCCAGGACCUGGUGGCGAUGUGCGUGAACGACAUCCUGUGCGCGGGCGCUGAGCCGUUCGCCUUCCUGGACUACAUCGCCUGCGGCCGGCUGCAGGUGGACGUGGCCACCGCCAUCGUCAAGGGCAUCGCCGACGCCUGCCAGCUGGCUGGCUGCGCGCUGCUGGGCGGCGAGACGGCGGAGAUACCGUCGAUGUACGAGGCGGGCAAGUACGACCUGGCCGGCUUCGCCGUGGGCGUGGUGGAGGGCGCCCGCCAGCUGCCGCGCCGCGACCGGCUCCGGCCCGGGGACCUGCUGCUGGCGCUGCCCUCCUCGGGGCCGCACAGCAACGGCUACAGCCUCGUGCACCGCAUCAUGCGCGACUCCGGCCUCAGCUACCGCGAGAGGGCGCCCUUCUCGCCGAGCGGCCGUUGCUUCGGCGAGGAGUUCCUCGAGCCGACGGCGUUGUACGUGCGCGCGCUGCUGCCCGCGCUGCGAAGGGGCCUGGUCAAGGCGCUGGCCCACAUCACCGGCGGCGGCCUGUUGGAGAACGUGCCCAGGGUGCUGCCCCGCCAGCUGCGCGCCAGAUUCGACGCUACCAAGUUCGACAUAAAGCCCGUUUUCGGCUGGCUGCAGGCGGCCGGCGCUGUGCCCGACCAGGAGAUGCUGCGCACGUUCAACUGCGGCGUGGGCAUGGUGGUGAUCGCGGCGCCCGAGAGCCUCGACCAGCUGCGCGCCGCCGUCGAGGGCGAGAUGCGCCUCGUCGGGCUCGUCGAGCUGCGCGACCCCGCAGGGGGGCCGCAAGUGGUGGUGGAGCGGUUCGCGGAGGCGAUGGCGCCGCUGAGGGCGCCGUACGCAGCCCUGGCCGCGCCGCGCCCCCUCUCCUACAAGGACAGCGGCGUAGACAUCGAGGCGGGCGACUCGCUCGUCUCCCUCAUCAAGCCCUUGGCCAGAUCAACAAUCCGUUCCGGUGUCAUAGGUGGUCUUGGAGGCUUUGGAGGAUGCUUCCAGCUGAAAGCCAUUGAACACGAAUAUAAGGACCCGGUGCUGGUGGUGGCGGCGGACGGCGUGGGCAGCAAGCUGCAGGUGGCGCAGCGCUGCGACCGGCACGACUCGAUCGGGCUCGACCUGGUGGCCAUGUGCGUGAACGACGUGCUGUGCAACGGCGCGCGCCCGCUCACCUUCCUCGACUACUUCGCGUGCGGCGCGCUCGACGUGCGCGUCGCCGAGCGCGUCGUGGCCGGCGUGGCGGCCGGCUGCCGCCAGGCGGAGGCGGCGCUUAUCGGCGGCGAGACGGCGGAGAUGCCUGGCAUGUACCCGCCCGGGGUGUACGACAUCGCGGGCUUCGCGCUGGGAGUGGUGGAGCGCUCCCACAUCCUGCCCAAGAUCAACGACAUCACGGUCGGAGACAUCAUCAUAGGGUUGCCAUCAAACGGGGUGCACAGCAACGGAUUCAGCCUUAUUCACAAACUGAUGAAGAAGGCCGGCCUCACCCUCGAGGAUAAGGCGCCCUUCAGCAAGGAAGGCCUGACCUUAGGCGAGGAGCUGAUCAAGCCGACGCGCAUCUACGUGGCGAGCGUGCUGCCCGCGCUGCAGCGCGGCGUGGUGAAGGCGGUGGCGCACGUGACGGGCGGCGGGCUGCUCGGCAACCUGCCGCGCGUCAUCCCCGAGAGCGUGCGCGCCAGGCUCAACGCGCACUGGUGGCACGUGCACCCGGUGUUCGCCUGGAUCGCGGACACCGGCGCGGUGAACGACGAGGAGAUGCUGCGAACCUUCAACUGCGGGAUAGGAAUGGUGCUGAUAGUGGCGCCAGAAGACCAGGCCGACGUGAUGAACAUAACGCGCUCCUUCGGCGCGAUGGUCAUCGGCACGGUGCAAGCGCGGCCGGCGGGGGGCGCGCGGGUGCAGGUGGACAAUUUCGCCUCGGCGCUCGACUUCACGCGCAGAAUGCCCCUGCUGCCCAACAAGCGGGUGGCGGUGCUGGCGUCGGGCAACGGCAGCAACCUUCAAGCGCUGCUCGAGGCUGCCCGCGAUCCGGCGCACUGCCUCUGCGCCGACAUCGUCUUGCUCGUCACCAACAACAAGGACGCUUACGCGUUGAAACGCGCCGAGGCAGCCGGCCUGCCCGCCCUGGUCUUCAACCAUAAGGAUUACCCGUCCAGGGAGGAGUUCGACCGCGCCGUCUCCGGGGCGCUGGAAGCCCACAAGAUCGACAUCGUUUGCCUCGCCGGCUUUAUGAGGAUCCUCUCCAAGGAGUUUGUUGAUAAGUGGAAGGGACGGCUGGUGAACAUCCACCCGUCGCUGCUGCCCCGCCACCCCGGCCUCCGCGCCCAGCGCCAGUGCCUCGCCGCCGGCGACUGCGAGAGCGGCACCACCGUGCACUUCGUCGACCACGGCGUAGACACUGGACCGAUCAUAACGCAAGAGAGGGUCCCCGUAUUGAAGGACGACACAGAGGAGACCCUCACGGAACGCAUCCACCAAGCGGAGCACCGAGCCUACCCCAGGGCGCUGCGCCUCGUCGCCACCGGCCGGGUGCGGCUCAGCGCCGACGGCGAGCUCCUCUGGCAUCCU